GGGGCUGAAGUGGGCAUGUUUGACUGUGUGAGGGUGUUUUGUCUGUUAUUAAGACACCUCAGGGCAGGUGUGGAGGAAGCAGGAUGAGGCAUUUAGUGAAGAUGCAUGGACAGAAGACGUCAGUCACACAGGUGAUUCAGGCAGGUGAGGCCGUAGAUCACAGUUGCAAGUAGAGCACAGAUGUAAACAGGUGCGAUGAGUUACCGUCCGUUUCUGAGCCUCCUGGUGCUUCUGAUGCUCCUGGCACUGACGGAGCAGGUCAGCGAUGCUCUCCAAAGAAAAACGAAAAAGUCUCAGGCUGUAGCUUCUGGAAACGUCAUCAUCGGAGGUCUUUUUCCCAUCCACAGCAGCGUGAAAAAGCCUGCUGUCGUGUCCCAGCCAAAAGAAUACACCUGCACUGGCUUCAGCACAACUGGUCUGGUCCAGUCUCUGGCUAUGAUCCACGCUAUCGAAGUGGUGAACAACUCAACGUUGCUGAGCUCUCUCGGCAUCAGAUUGGGCUACAAGAUCCACGACACGUGUUCAGAUGUUACGACUGCUCUGAGAGCCACCGAGGAUUUAAUGCAGCGUGAGAUGGAAUGUUAUUCCACUACAAACUUUUUCAACAUGUCCGACUGUAUCCAGCCCACCACAGCUGUGAUCGGCGCGUAUCACUCUGAAACAUCCAUCGCAGUGGCCAGAGACCUGAACCUGCAGGAGAUUCCACAGAUCAGUUACGCAUCCAGUGCUGACAUUCUGAGUGAUAAGAGCCGGUUCCCAGGCUUUUUCCGUACCGUUCCGAGCGACAUGCACCAGACCAGUGCGAUGGUCAAGCUCCUUAAGGAGAAUAAGUGGACCUGGGUUGGUGUGAUCACCACAGACGGAGAUUAUGGGCGUUCAGCCUUGGACAGCUUUAUGUCUCAGGCUUUUCUGGCUGGAAUCUGCUUGGCGUUCAAAGAGGUCUUACCUGAUUCUGUGUCCAACAGUCCGAAGCUUCAGUCAGCGGUCAGUCGGACCGUUCGGACCCUAAAUUUCAACACCAAAGUGAAGGUGGUGGUUUCGUUCGCCAAACCAGAGCACAUGAGACUGCUGUUCCAGGAGCUGCACAGUGGCCAGAGCUCGUUCCCGAGGCUGUGGGUGGCUAGCGACAACUGGUCUACAUCUGAAGACGUAAUCGACCCUGGGGAGCUUAACCAGAAUACACGGGUCAUUGGCUUUUCCUUCGAGAGCCGAGACGUCACGCCUUUUAAGGAGUUUCUGAAAAACCUGGAGUUAAACAGCGAAGUUCAGGCAAACAACAGCUUCCUUAAAGACUUUUACUCCAACAACAAACCCCAGGCUGUGGAGAAGCUGAUUAACACCAUAGAUGCGGGUAAAGGUACAAUCUUCAGUAUCCAGAUGGCCGUGAGUGCAGUUGCUCAGGCUGUAGCUAAACAGUGCAGUGCCAGAGACUGUACUGUUCCUGGAUCCUUACAACCAUGGGAGCUGCUGCAGGGAAUGACGAACAGCACGUUUAAGAUGGACGGUGUAUCGUACUCCUUUGAUGACUCCGGAGAUGUUGAUUUGGGAUACUACAUCUCUCUGUGGGACACAACUGGACAAAGCGUUACAACACACAACGUAGUGUCUAUUUACAACCAGCGCAACGCCAACUUCAGCGUCAGCAACCUACAACUGAACAUAACGUCAAAAUGCUCUGACAGCUGCAGACCAGGCCAGUUUAAGAAAACUGAUGAGGGUCAGCACACCUGCUGCUACUCCUGUAUUGACUGUCCUGAAAAUCAGUUCUCCAACGGUACAGACAUGGAUGAGUGCCACCGCUGCAACGCUCACUCAGAGUGGUCGGACCCUGGUAGUUCGAAGUGCGAGCUGAAGACUCUGGAGUAUUUAGACUGGAAUGACGUCUUCGCUGUGAUCCUGUUAACUCUGGCUGCUGUGGGCAUCGUUGUGGUUUUCCUGGUGUCGCUCCUCUUCCUGUCGCACCGUGACUCUCCCGUCGUCAAGGCAGCGGGUGGUCCCCUCUGCCAGCUCAUCCUCCUCUCUCUGGUGGGAAGCUUCGUCAGCUCGGUUUUCUUCGUGGGGAAGCCGACAGACGCCCAGUGCAAAGUGAGGCAGGUGCUUUACGGCUUGAGCUUCACACUGUGCGUGUCCUGCAUCCUGGUCAAGUCUCUGAAGAUCCUGCUGGCGUUCCAGGUGAAGCUGGAACUUCUCAAGUCUCUUCGCAGGCUUUAUAAACCGUACCUGAUCAUCUGUUUCUGCAUGCUCGUGCAAGGAGCUAACCACACUUGGUGGCUGAUCCUUUUUAGUCCUCACAAAAGAUCCAUAAUCAACAACAGUACCAUCCUGGAAGAGUGUGACGAAGGUUCUUACGUGGCGUUUGGUGUCGUCAUGGGUUUCAUAGCCCUGCUGGCCCUAGUUUGCUUCAUUUUCGCCUUCAAAGGCCGCAAACUUCCGCAGAAAUACAACGAGGCCAAGUUCAUCACCUUUGGCAUGCUGGUCUACCUCAUGGCCUGGGUCCUCUUUAUCCCAGUCUACGUCACAACAGCAGGGAAGUACCUCCCAGCUGUGGAGAUGGCGGUCAUCCUCAUCUCCAACUACAGUAUCCUGUGCUGCCAUUUCUUCCCAAAGUGCUACGCCAUCCUCUUCAGGAGCAUGUCCAACACCAGAGACGAUUUCAUGAGGAACGUGUACGAGUACUCCAAAAAGAGCACCAGAGGCCUCGGAGACUUCAGUUUACCUGACGCUUCUAAGAGUAAAGAAAGUCCAUACGUCAUAUCCAACAUACCCUGCUUCUUUCCCAAACGUACGGAGUCUGAACAGAGCCUGGAACCCACAGCUCCGCCUGCCUCAGCCUGGACGAUGCCCAGAUUGACACGCAAAAGAACAUUAAGUAUAUAAAAGCAUCAGAGACUUGGUCCUCAUAAGGUGAUAAUCUAAAAUUAUAAUAGCUAAAACUCCAGGCUAAUCAAGUCCAACCUUAACUAAGGUUCAUGUGUUUGUAACAGCUUGUUAGCUGUACAUUUGGUGUGAUUUCACACUGCAGUUUAGGUUGCAUCUCCCUAUACCUGACACCAAUCAGUUUGUAAAAAUGUUUUACAUAUGUUGCCUCAGGGCAACAUGAUGCAGUUGGAUCACAUGGGAAUCAUGCUAUAGCAGUGGUUCACUUUUUUUUAUAUACAGUGACCUCCAAGCUCCCAAAAAGUGGGCUUCCUUUCAUCCUUAUAUCAUACUCCAACACAUAUAUCAUACUCCAGUUUGUUAAGACAGUUUAAACAAGUUUAAAGAACUGCUAAGAUCUGUUUAAAGUUUAUUUAUGUUUCUCAGGGUCUCAGAUUUGCAUGUGAUGUAUAAAAAAAUGUACAUAUCAUAUCAGAAUCAUGAUCAUAAAUCUGCCAAAACUUCUAUACAGAAAUGAUCAAUGUAAAUAUGCAUUAUAGCCACUGUGUGUUCAUUUCUUUCUGUUCUGUUCUGUUUUUUAAUCAGUCAAGAGAUA